CGGAGGGCGGCACUUCAGGUUCCGGCGCCCACGUGACCGCGCGGCAGCGAUGGCGGCGAGGCUGGCGGGCUUGGCGGUGCUGCUCGGGCUCGGGGCCCGCGGGCCCGCGCCCGCAGGCGCCGCCAAGAUGAAGGUGGUGGAGGAGCCCAACACUUUCGGGCUCAACAACCCGUUCCUGCCCCAGACCAGUCGCCUCCAGCCCAAGAGGGACCCUUCACCCGUGUCUGGGCCCGCGCACCUCUCCAGACUCUCUGGCAAGUGCUUCAGCCUGGUGGAGUCCACGUACAAGUACGAGCUCUGCCCGUUCCACAACGUGACGCAGCACGAGCAGACCUUCCGCUGGAACGCCUACAGCGGGAUCCUCGGCAUCUGGCAAGAAUGGGAGAUCACCAACAACACCUUCAGGGGCAUGUGGAUGCGGGAUGGCGAUGCAUGCCAGUCACGGAGCCGGCAGAGCAAGGUGGAGCUCACCUGUGGCAAAAGCAACCGGCUGGCCCACGUGUCUGAGCCGAGCACCUGUGUCUACGCGCUGACCUUCGAGACGCCCCUCGUCUGCCACCCCCACUCCUUGUUAGUGUACCCGACCCUGCCCGCGGUCUUGCAGCAGCGGUGGGACCAGCUGGAGCAGGACCUGGCGGACGAGCUGAUCACGGCCCAGGGCUACGAGAAGUCGCUCAGGGCGAUUUUUGAAGAUGCUGGUUAUCUGAAGACAUCAGAACCAAGUGAAUCGGCGCAGCGGGAAGGAGCCACCAAGGACCUGCAGUUUGAGACACUGGAGAGCUGCCAGGAGGCACAUAAGGCCCUGUCGCAGGAGAUAGAGAGACUGCAAGGCGUGCUGACCCACCACGGCAUCCCCUACGGGAAGCCUGCAGAAACCCCCAGCUCUGAGCACUGGGGCCCCCAGACACCCACGGCCGGGAUAGCAGAGCCCCUGCGAGGUGACCCUGGACUGCGUGGGGACACCCUGUGACCUUGGGGCUGUGGGCCUCGGCCUGAGGACCUUUCUCUCCUUCUGUGCCAGCAGGCCCUUGGGGCUGUCCUCAAAGAUGCAGACAAAAUAAAGAUCAGAGUUUUAAUUAA